CACGUCUAUUUCCACUGAAACUCAAUUGGAAGUGCCGUGAAACUGAUCAAGUGGGAUCUUUAGCUAGGCUUUUAAAAAAAGGGAGAUUUGGAUUUUGAUCGCUACUUCUUGACAGGAGGUGUAGCAACUCGGGGGAUUUGUGAGGUUUGGUGAUCCAGCUACUUUUACUGUCUCUGGUGGCAAGUCUGUAACUUGGUGUUUGACAAAGAGCCAGGGGUUUGCUCUGGGUUACAAAGUAUCGAGCUCCGAUGUAACAAUGUUGUCGAACGUUGCGACAGCCAGGGAUCCGCAACAAGGUAACCAGAUCCCAGAGCCGCCGCCUCCGGCUCCCCUUUACCCUCCUCCCCCGGCUCCCUUCCAGCUACAGAGAACCGGCGCUCAGACCAAGAAAAACGCCAUCACCGACGACUACAAGGUCACGGCGCAGGUUCUGGGACUGGGCAUCAAUGGCAAAGUUUUGGAAUGUUUUAGCAAGAAAACCCAGGAGAAAUUUGCCUUGAAGAUGUUGCAGGAUUGUCCAAAAGCCCGACGAGAAGUUGACCUACACUGGCGAGCAUCUGGCUGUACUCACAUUGUCCGAAUUGUAGAUGUCUAUGAGAAUCUGUAUCAGGGAAGGAAGUGCCUACUGAUAGUGAUGGAAUGUAUGGAAGGAGGGGAGCUGUUCAGCAGAAUCCAGGACAGAGGGGAUCAAGCAUUCACAGAGAGAGAGGCUUCCGAAAUCAUGAAAAGCAUUGGAGAAGCAGUACAGCACCUGCAUUCAGUGAACAUUGCACAUCGAGAUGUGAAGCCAGAAAAUUUAUUGUACACCACCAAAAGACCUAAUGCUAUUCUAAAACUAACAGAUUUUGGCUUUGCCAAAGAAACCACCAGCUUCAAUUCAUUAGCAACCCCUUGCUACACACCAUACUAUGUUGCCCCUGAGGUUCUUGGGCCCGAGAAGUAUGACAAAUCCUGCGAUAUGUGGUCCUUGGGUGUAAUAAUGUACAUACUGUUGUGUGGAUAUCCCCCAUUCUAUUCUAACCAUGGACUGGCCAUUUCACCUGGCAUGAAGAAACGAAUCCGAAUGGGCCAGUAUGAAUUUCCUAAUCCAGAAUGGUCAGAAGUAUCCGAGGAAGCCAAACAACUGAUCAGACAACUCCUGAAGACUGAGCCAACACAACGCAUGACGAUCAUGGAAUUUAUGAACCAUCCUUGGAUUAAUCAAUCAAUGCAGGUACCGCAGACACCUCUUCAUACCAGUAGGGUCCUGAAAGAAGAGAAAGAUUUAUGGGAAGAUGUAAAGGAGGAAAUGACCAGUGCCUUGGCAACCAUGAGAGUUGACUACGAACAAAUCAAAAUCAAAAAGAUAGAAGAAUCUUGCAAUCCCUUGCUGAUAAAAAGAAGAAAGAAGGCCUUAACUGCUCCGACUCCAGCCAGCCACUGAAAAACAACAUGGAAAGUGUGCCAAAUUAUUUUUAGGAAGUUCUUUUUAAAUGUCGCAUGAAGUUCAGAAAUGCUUAAUUGGUUGGCUUUUUGGAUUUUUUAAAGAUUUACUGUACCUCUGCCUCUUGGGCUGAGGUGAACACUGUCAUGAUACUACUAGUCCAACACGCGACCAGAUUUUUAAACUGAUGUCAAAGGA